AUGAUGACCGUGAAGCGCCGUGCGCAGUCGUAUCUUUACAAAAGAUCCUCCACACUAAUUAUUUUUGUUUAUUUACUAUGUAAACUGGAUUAUAUAUCUUCGCUCAUUCUCACGGGUUCCAAAGACGCAUAUGCUAGGUGGGUAUGGGUGGGUGGUUUUGAGGGUGGAUUAUGAAAAUUUUUAAGUAAUUUUUCAUUUUUUGAACCUAAAAUUUCAUUUUUAAGUUUAAAGUUUCUUUUUUAAGCCUAAAUUUCGUUUUAAAGCGUAACUUUUCAAAAUUGAAAAAAAUAAAAAAAAACACAAAAACUUUCUUUCCAGGUACCCAAAAUGGGCACAGACCUUCGAAAAUCAACUGUCAUUUGAAUUCAAAACCAAAUCCGAAAAUGCCCUUUUACUCUACACAGACGACGGUGGGAUUCAAGGCAACUUCUAUUGCAUCACCAUCGUCAACGGCCACAUUCAACUGGAUUUUAGGUAACAAAUUUCUGAAUUAAGCGAAAUCUUUUUGAUUUUAAGUAUGAAACAUUAAAACGUUACAUUUAGGUAACAAAUCCAAGAAAAAGCUUUUUCUAAGUAAAACACAGAAGAAAAAAUAACUUUAGAUACCUAAAAUUACAUUUAAAAAUCACAAUAAGCUAAAGAAAUCACAAAAAAUAUUGCUUUCAGGCUUGGUGAUGAACAAGAUACGAUGCUCAGCAGACCAGUCCAUACAUUACGAUUGGAAGGUGUUCGAAUAUCCGAUGGGAAUUGGCAUAGAUUCAUCUUGUUCCAGGUAAAAUUUUAUUCAAAUUUGAACUUUUUUUAGCGCCAUUUUUUUGAAAAAUCGGAAAAAUUUAUCAAAAAAUUCGGGUUUUCGGCCGAUUUUUGAAGUUUUUUGAAUGUAAAACAAUAUAAUUGUUAAUUUUAUAGGUUUAUAUAUGAGAUAUAGGUAUUUCUAAUGUUUUGCCAUUUUAUUUUAAUAAUGUUUUGGAUGAAUUUAUGAAAAAAAGCUUGCGAAACCUGACUUAUCGCAAAAAAGCUGUUGUUCGCGAUGUCUAACACAAUAUAACUUUUUGUCCAAAGCUUGUUUCAAAGUAAAAUACAUUUUAAAACCUCAAGAAUACUUUGCUUUAUCUAUUUAUAACAGUUUUUAUUUAUACUUUGAAAAAUUUCACAUUAAAAACUGUGUUUUAGGCAUGGGAGAACAUCAAACUGCAAGUGGACGACGUGGUGGAAUUCAAGAUUAUUACCCAAAGAAGCUUUGUUUUUGGGAAUCUACGGACCAAUUCUGAUGUAUUUGUUGGUGGAAUUCCAAAAGUAAGUAGUUUUUGUUAGUUUUCUUCUGAUUUUAGGGUUUGCUUCAAUUGAACCUGAAAAAUGUAGGUUAUUGUUACCUAAAAUUUAUGAAAAUGAACAUAACUUGUGCCAAAAUCAUUGUGAUGAAGUGAUUUUUGGAUAUGUUGUUUGGAAUGAGAUACACGAUUCGUUCCUUUACUAAUUUUAUGAUUUACAACAUUAACCUUCAGGAUAUUCACCUUCUGGCCACGAUGUCCUCACCUCUUCGUCGUCAUACAAAGAAAUUUGCUGGAUCAAUGAAAAACCUGGUUUAUCGGCUUUAUCCUCAAGGCGUGUCAUCUCCUCAGCUUAUCGAUUCGUUUGGUACUCGGUUGACAGAUGAUGAUUACUGUAUGGAAUCAGUAAAUCCGGUUCAAUUCUGCAGGAACGAUGGGAGAUGCUACUCGACGAACGAUGGGCCAAAAUGCGAGUGUCCAAGCGAUUUUGAGGGACGGCAGUGUGAGAAAGGUAGGGUUUGUUAUGGUAGGGUAGGGUAAAAUUUUAAGGUAUGGCAAGGCAGGGUAAAGUUUUAGGCUUGAGUGAAGGGGCAGAGCAUUUUAAAAACUUCAUUUUUGGCCUAAAUUUUAAAAAUUUUAGCUAAACCUUCGUCUGAAUUGUCGUUUUAUGGCAAUGAAUGGAUUGGAUAUGACGUUUCGAAUAGUUCGUCUGCUUCAAUAUUAAGCAGGUCAGAAAAUGUCAGUUUUCAGUUCAAGACCAAGCACCAGAAUGGGCUUUUGUUUGUUGCUGGAGAUCGUCAGGUAAUUUUUUUGGUUUUUAUCAUCUAGUAGUACUAUAUAUCAUUUUUUGUGCUUGAUAGCACUAGUAGUACUAGAUAGCACUACUGGUAAUAAUUCGGAGGAUACUGUAUAGCACGUGUAGGUACUAUACAGCACGAAUAGUUUUAUAUAGCACUAGUUGUAUUAUAUAGCACGGCUAGUACUAUAUAACACUGCAAUUACUAUAUAAAACGGCCACUACUUUAUAAAUAGUACUACUGGUAUUUUAGAAUUAUAAUCCUGACUAACUUUCAGAACUACGUUCAAUUAGUACUAGAAAGAGGUAUACUAAUAGCUGCUUCGAAGCUGUUUGGUAGUGACAAACGAAUCAUUCGACAGCGCUUUUCUCAAGGGCUGAAGCCAGUACGCUAUGACGAUGGGAAAUGGCACAGUGUUUAUCUUCAUCGUAGUCUUCAAAUGGUACUGUUUUUUUUUGUUUUUCUUGAUUUGUGGUACUACAUAGUACGAUAAAUUAGUAUUUUUAAGAAAUUUAUGAUAUUGUGAACAUUAGAUUUUAAGUUAGUACGGCGUACUUUAUAGUACGUUUAAAGCAGUUUUUAGUACGACGUACUGUAUAGUUCUUUUGGAAUUAUUUUAAAUACGACGUACUUAAUAGUACUUUUGAAUUUAGUUUAACUACUACGUACUUUAUAGUGCUUUUCAAGUAGUACUAGUACUAUGACGAACGCGUAGUUUUAGUACGGCGUAUUAAAUAGUACUAAUUAGUACUGUUUUUAUGUACAAUAUUUAAGAUUAAACUUUUUUAUAACUGGUACUAUUUAAAAAAAAUUUUUUUUAUUAAUGGUCAUUUUUAACAGUGGUUUCUCUUCAAUUUUUUAAAGUUAUUUGCAUUUUUUUUGUUUUAGACGGGUACAAAAUACACAUCAUUGAUCGUAAGUUGAGAUCACCAGCAUGGUGAUUGAAAUGUUUGCGGUUAACCCGGUGUUAUUUCUGUUUUUUGUUGAUUUUUCAAGCGUGCUGUACUUGGCUGAUGGUUAAUAUGAAAAAAUAUAGGGUUGGGGAGGGUAGGCUCGAUAAUGAUUGGGAUGGGUAAGGUCAGGUAGGGUAGGAUAGGUAGGGCAGGCCAGAGUGACGUAGGGUAGGAUAAGGUCGGUAGGGCAGGGCUAGUUAAGUUAAAGUGAGGGUUGGGUGGAGUAGAGUACGAUACGGUACGAUGAAGUAGAGUAAGGUAAGGCCGAGUGGGGUAGGGUAGGUUAGGGUAGGGUACGAUAGCGAGGUAGCGUAAGACAUUAUCCAAAGCAUGGUACUACCAUAUCACAAACUCUGCUUACUAAAGAGUUUUUAUGUUGUUUCUCAAUGUUUUCAGCACGUCAUAAUACCCAGAAUAAUAUAGUAGCUAUCGUAAAUUAUUCUUUUCUUUUACUGUUGCGUUUAGAGUCGACUAGUUUUUGUUACCCAAUUUUUGAAAAUAUGGAAUUUUCUCUAAAAUUAUACAUUUUAUCUCUGCCUUGCCUCAGCCUUUGUCCCUUCCCGAGCUUUUACCCCUAACCUCUACUCUUGCCUCUAUCUGUGCUCUUUCCCUACGUUACCCAACCUUGUCUUACCCUACCCUGCCGUUCUCUAUUUUAUCUUGCCUCUGUUUUUUCCCUGCCUCUACCACUCCUCCUACCUGACUUAAAAAUGUUUUCUUGUAAUUUAAUAUUAGGUAAAAUACGGUCAUAAAAAUUUUCGUUUAUAUAAAUGUAUAUUUGCACAUGGAUUGCUGUGACCUGCACACUACUUUUAAUAAAAAUGCUUAAUAUAUGUCAUACCUUUUGACACUUUUUUCCUAUAUUUACCCGGUUUGAAGUGAGAUUUGUGGUUUAACCCAAACACUUUUGGCUUGUAUUGCCAUUUUUUCUAAGACUAUUUUUAAAAUUUUGAUUGUAUGUUAUUUUAGAUGCGCUUCACAGUGGAUGGCAAUACAGAUGAAGUGAAACAGUUUGCUUCACAAACAGAAUGGCUAGGCAAUAGUUUUGCCUACGUCGGAGGAUCGGCGGUGGGUAAGGCGUAUGUUCCGCCUUAUAACUACAUGUUCAAGGGAUGUAUGAAGCAGGUGGGGGUUUUUAAAUGUUGAGAAGGUGAUACUUGAUUAUGAUUGUUGAAAAAAAUUUUAAAUUUUUGAUUUUGAGUUGAGUUAUGGCAGGUUUUUGACAAUUUUUUGGGUUUUUGGGGGAUUUUUUGAAUUUUAAGGGAUUUUAGUUGUCUUUUUUAAAUAAAAUUGAUAUUGUCAGUGUUAGCUGUGAGUUUUAAAUUGUCGACAAGACUAUGUUUUAUUAUGGCUGUUGUAAAAAUUUUUUAAUUUUUGGUUUUGAAUUCUGUUAUGGCAGGUUUUUGCCAAUUUUUUUGGUUUUUUGGGGGUUUUUAGAACUUUAAAGGCAUUUCAUUGUAUUUUUUAAAAUUAAGGUGUUAUUGCCAGUUUUAUAUAUUUAUUUUAAAUGACUGGAAGGCUUUAGACAACCUUGGGUUUUUGAAAAAUUAAAAAAAUUUUGGUCUUAAAAUGAGUUACAGCUAGUUUUUUGCCAUUUUUUUGGCAUUUCGGGGACUUUUUCAAUUUUGAAGCCCUAUAACAAUAUUUUUUGGAAUUAGUUUGACGAAAAAUGAACUGUGGUUGUCUUUGGCAUGAUGUUCUGAUCCUAAUAAACUCAAAAAUUUUAAAAAUCGUCUUAUAAUUUCUCAAAUUUCAGAUAAAAUACGAAGCGGACGUCCAAUCCCUCGACAUAAUCGACUUGGCCGACCAAGGCUUUGGCAAAUCUGUGAUACGAACCGGUGGCGAUUUGGCAUUUUCGUGUCAAGAAUCAGCGAAUACGUUGCCGGACGUGCUAUCAUUUGCUCACACGGGUCAGAGUUAUAUUACACUGCCGAAAUGGAACUCGCUUUCUAGUGGAAGUUUAGGUAGGAGGUUUGGUGAUCUCGAAAUGGCGGGUGAGGGGGGGGGGAGUGGUUUUUUUUAUUUUUUUGGGUUAUUCUGGAGCGGUAGGGUGAAAUAGAGCUAAUUUUUUUUCAUUUUUGGAGAUUUAAGUCGGACAUGUUUUAUCGUAUAAAAUGCUUACCGCAGCUUGAGCGGAAAACUUUGGUAAAAUAUGGUCUUCUUUAACCAAAGUUCAAAAUGAAUAAAGAAAAAAUAAAAAAUAUGUUUUUUUCAAAAAUUAAAAAAAAAUUAGGUUUUCAAUUCCGAACCACCUCAACAGACGGCCUUAUCCUGUACCACGGCGUGAAAGAUGUCCCACUAAAUGGGUCAAGUGAUUACAUUGCCUUCGAACUCAGUGAUGGACACCUAUUUAUGGUACUAGACUUGGGGUCAGGUUAUGUUCGACUUCAAACUACCUCAAAACGAGUGAACGAAGGAAGUGUUUGGCAUAGUGUCACAUUGGAAAGGGUGGGGCGACAAGGAAGUGUUACGGUAGAUACGAUCAAAACAGAUUUUUCGACUCCAGGUGUUUCUGCUAAUUUAAUCAUUGGUGAGUGGUACUGGUGGUACACGUUUUAUAAAGUUUUGGUUUGUAAAGAAAGUUUUUGCCAUUUUUUGUUUUGUAAAGAAAGUUCUUGCCAUUUUUUGUUUGUAAAGAAAGUUUUUGCAAUUUUCGGUUUUGGAAAGAAAGUUCUUGCCAUUUUUCAUUUUGUAAAGAAAGUUCCUGCAAUUAAAUUUUUUUGAACUUUUAUUUCCAGACGAGCCAAUCUACCUCGGAGCCUUUCCUUGGACCCCAACGUAUAACAGUGCUUGGAAUUAUUCCUCUAUAUUACCCUUACCAUCAACAAUAUGGUCAGGACAUCUUCGGCAAGGCUAUGUUGGUUGCCUGAAGAACUUGAGGAUCAAUGGGAUAAAUACUCAAAUAGGAGCGGCUUUUUUAAAUACACCGUCGCGAAAUACAACCGGUCAACAGACUCAUGUUGAUGGAAUUGCGUUAGGUAAGCCUGUCUUUGUCUUGCCCUGUUCUGUCUUGCCUAGCCUUGCCUUGCCUUGCCUUGCCUUGCUCUGAACUGCCCUGCUUUGCCUUGCUCUGGCUUGUCCUGCUUUAUCUGCCCUGCCCUACCUUUUACCCUUGUCUUGUCCUGCCAUUGACUAAAAUAAUAUUGUUUUGUUUUAAGGAUGUACCUCAACCUCAACAGCCACAUCUGCCUCAGCUGAAGCCAUUGACUAUUGUGCCACUUCGCCAUGUAAAAACUUUGGUAGAUGUCAAAACGGAUUCAAAACUUUUGAAUGCGAUUGCAGCUUAACUAUUUACGACGGACCACUUUGUGAUAUUGCACUACCUCCAAUCUCCUUAUCUAUUUUACAGGAUCAGCAGCCGUUGUUUAGGUGAUAUUUUGGCUUUAGCGCUUAAAAUUUGGUUUUAAGUCUAAGGCUUUAUUUAUAAGCGCUUUUUAACAAAAAAAAGUUUUUUAAGCCUAAAUUGAAAUUAUAUUGUUUUAGAUUAGAAACCCCAACCUACAGUCAAGCAGAGAUGUUGGACAUAAAGUUUAGGACAAAAGAUGAGGAUAUCUUAUUGUUGGACACAAAAGCAGAAGGCUCGCCAGACAGGUGGCUUUUAUUUAUGCAUCAUGGCGAACUCAUGUUGGCGUUGCACUUUGCUAAUGGUGCUAAACAUGUAAAUACUAAAUACAUUGGAUUCUAGGCUAGGACAUGCGUUUAGAAAUGAUAGGGAAGGGAUGGCAGUGAAGGGUAGGGUAAAGUAGGUAGGGUAGAUUAGUGUAAGAGGGGGGUGAGGUCAGUUAGGGUAGGUUAAGGUAAGGUAGAGUAGAGUAGGAUAGUCAAGUUUAAGGUUACGUAGGACAGGGUAGGGUAGAAAAACAAUAUUUUUUAAAACUUUUUUAGACAUUUACAUGGGGUGGUCGAACCCUAAAUGACAAUCAUUGGCAUACAGCUAGAGUGAAACGAAGAGGAACCAAAUUGUUGUUGUACUUGGAUGGCAAGUGGGAACAUAGUCGUAGGUUUAGAAUCAUUUAUUUUUUUUGUGUCUUUUUCUCUUACUUUCUAAUCAACUUUUAUUUUAAGUAGACCUAUCCUUACUUUUACCUCUCUCUUGAUUCCUGCCCCUCCCUCCAAUCCCCCUUGACAUUGUCUUUGAUACUUUUUUUGUCUCUUAACUUGUCUUUGCCUUGGCUCCUGUUCUUGCCUUGUCUUGCUUUACCUUGCUUUGUCCUACCUUUGCUUUGCCUUUGCCCUGCGUUUGCUUUGCCUUGCCUUGCCUUUGUUCUGCCUUUGCCCUGCUUUUGCCCUGCCUUUGUCCUUCCUUUUCUCUUCCUUUGUCUGCCUUGCCGUUGUGUUUCUCUGUCUUGCUUUAAUUUUGUUUCCGAUUCUUUUUCUUUUGUCCUAAUCUUUAAAUUUCAAUUUUUUAAAAUUUUAAAUUUCAAAAAAAUUUCAGAUUUCCUCCCGGAAAGCGACAUGUCCCUCCUAAUCCACGACAUAGCCCCAGGGCAAGCCUUUCAACAAAUUCUCGAUGUCAAUGUGAACCCACCUCUGGAACUUUUUACCGAACGUCUAAAACCCUCGGGCGAUUUGCUCAAACUCACGUUCAAUCAGUACGACGUACUCGAAAAGGUACGUGCCGACAACAAUGAUAUCACUGUGCCAUUUGAACACACAACCAUAUCAUCGAAGGCUCGGAAGGUGAAACAGAAUUCUGUGAAUUUUGAAACCGAAAAAGGCUUUGCUCAAUUUUAUGCAAAUUUUCAAAACAAUAACGACUUCAAACUGGCGGUCAAGUUCAAGACCAUCACCACGAAUGGACUGAUAUUGGCAUUGGUCAAUAAUGAAACCACCCCCAUUGGAGAACAUAAUAUACUGCUGUCGGUGGAGAUGAUAAGGGGCCGGUUGAGGUACAGGUUCGGACAGACUACAUUGGUCUUCCCGGAAAGUAACAAGAGGUUGAAUGACAUGAAAUGGCAUUCUGUUCAUAUUGAAAAGGUCAAUUUUGAUUUUAUAUUUGAAAUGGCAAGAACUUUCUUUACAAAGCAAAAUAUGGCAAGAACUUUCUUUCCGAAAUAAAAAAUGCCAAUAACUUUCUUUACAAGACAAAAAAUGGCAAGAACUUUCUUUACAAAACGUCAUUUCAGGACGCAAUUGACAUGACAAGCCACAAGAUCCUCCUAGACGAAGAAGAGAUCAAGAUCAAGAGUUCAGCCUACGACUUCUCCGGCUUCAAUGGCUGGAUUCUGAUUGGCGGCUUUCCAGAAUCCUUCAUUCCAGCCAAGCACGAUCUAGCCACAGUAUCCGGCUUCAGAGGCUGCUUCUCUGGCCUAAAAAUCGCUCAAACUCAGCAUGACAUCUUCUCGGAUAAUAUCGCAAGCAAAGACCUCAUUAAAGGUUGUCAAGGUCCGGACGUACGAUGUGCUCCAAGGUUGUGCCAAAACGAAGGUCAAUGUCAUCAAGGAUGGCGCGGAGUACGAUGUGAUUGUACGGAGACGGCCCAUAGUGGAAGGUAUUGUGAGAAGCCGGCUACGAGCUACGAAUUCAAUGGUCAGGCUAAUGUCAUCUACUAUGAGUACGCUGGAGUACAACCAAAUACUGUGCAGGAUAAUGUGGUUUUGGCUUUUAGGUAUGAAAAUUCAAUAUGACGGAUAUAAUAGAGUUUUUUAAUAAAAUUUGUGUUUGUUGGGAAGUUUUAAAAAAUUAAUUUUUAGACUUCAGAAAGAAAUUUCAGGCUUAAAAGUUGAAUUUGAGGCUUAAAAAUAAAUUUUAGGCUUAAAAAUGGAUUUUUUGGCUUAAAUUUUAAUUUUAGGCUUAAAAAACAAAUUACAAGCUUAAAAAAAGAUUUUAGACUUAAGAAUGAAUUUUAGGCUUAAAAAUGGAUUUUAGGCUUAAAAAUGGAUUUUUUGACUUAAAAUUUAAUUUAAGGCUUAAAAAGGAAAUAUUAAGCUUAAAAAUGAAUUUUAGGCUUACCAAUGAGUUUUAGAUUUAAAAAUUAGCUUUAGGCUUAAACAUGACGUUUAGGCUUAAAAAAGAACUAGUUUACGCUUAAACAUGAAGUUUAGGCUUAAAAAAUAACAAGUUUACGCUAAAAAAUUAAUUUUCAGGACCCAAAGCUCAAACGGAGUACUACUGUCAGUACAAUGUGCCGUAGAUGGAGAUUAUAUGACACUGUUUCUUGGUGGUGGAUACGUUCAAGUUAGAUACAACCUAGGAAGCAAAGAUCACCAUGUUGGGUAUUUUGAUACGCUAGUCAAUGACGGUAGAGAACAUUUGGUCAAAAUGAAAAGAAAUCGUAGUACUGUCACCUUUGUGUUGGAUGAAAUGAAACCUAUUUUGUAUGAAAGUAAUGGUAAGCCAAUCAUUAUUACUAUUACUUUACUUCUACUUCCAAUGUUCUUAUUAGGGCAGGAUAACAAAUUAUGACACAGCCUUUAAUAACGGCUUGUAGUUUUAGGUAAAUCAGAGUUAUUCACCCUGAAUUCUCAAAAGUACAUUACUGUUGGAGCUUCUUUUAAUUUGUUGCAUUCGGCUCAAGUCGUGGUUUUGAGAAGGAAACGAUCAGAUCAUUUGACUUAUGAUGAGUUUGCUGGCGAAAUCUUUGGAGUCAGUUUUAAUGGAAUUCAAGUGUUGGAACUGUUCGCUCAAGGUUGGUUUUGA